GAGGGGUUAAGAGACACUUUUCACAGACUUGCAGACUCCUCUCGUUCAUCUCAUUCAGUAUCGACUUCCAGAGCGACACCAUGAGCAAGAUCAUCAUCUACGAGCAUAUUAACUUUCAGGGCAUGAGCAAAGAGUUCACCUCCUCCGUCCCCAACUUGGUAAGCGAAAACUUCAACGACUGCAUCACUUCCCUGAAAGUUAUAGGGGAGCCAUGGGUGGCAUAUGAACAUACCAACUUUCAAGGUUCUCAGUAUGUCUACGAGGAGGGAGAGUACGCCACUCUGGACAGGAACGACGCCUUUUCUUCUCUGGAGAAAGUGACUGACGACCUGACAAACCCUCAGAUAACCCUUAACGUACAUACUAACUACCGGGGCAGGAGCCUCGUCUUCACCACUGAAACCAACCUGUGCUACGGCAACUUUAACGAUGUUGCGUCUUCUCACAAGGUGCAGAGAGGGGCGUGGGUCCUGUAUGAGCACAUCAACAGAAGUGGAGCUCAGCUGGUGGCCAGAGCUUCUCGAGACAUGCCUGAGUACGGCUGGUUCAAUGACAGAGUGUCUCACCUUCGCCCUCUGAAGCCAGGGAAACCCAUUAUAACAGCAGAGAUCCAGUGGAACCAGAAAGAAGAGCAUAUGAAUGCCGUGGUCAUCGACAGCCUGUGUGGUCUGAACCAUGGAGACCACGAGCAAAGCUUCUCCACUGAGAUGAGUAAGGAGUACGAAGGCUCCGUCACUGAUAGCUUCAGAUUCAGCAAUUCCACCCAGAUAAGCUGGGGAGCAUCAUUUGGUGUAGACGUGGGAGUGGUGAAAGCAGAGCAGAACUUUUCUCUGAGCAACACCUUCACCGUGGAGAAGGGGAGCAGCAACACCAGGACAGAGAGGAAGAGCAUCCGGGUUAACCUACCAGCCAAAAUCGCUCCCCGCACCAAGCUCACCGUGAACAUGGUGAGGAAGGAGGUGGAUGUGAAGGUUCCAGUCAAGCUGACCAUCGUCACCGGAUCCCAGAGCAAGGUGGAGUACGGACAGUACAGGUGCCAGUCUGGCAACUCCAUCACCACCGAGUUCAGGGAGGAAAAGAUCUAGAGCACCGACAGUGAAACAUACUGGUGCUGGACCUCUGCACUCCCAGGAUGCGCCGAGAAUUUCAUCAAUUGAAUUGAUUGAGUUUGAAUUGACAUGAUUGACACUCACACUGUAAACAUUAUUUCAGCAGGUAGAAUAAUAUAAUAUUUUAUGUAAAAAAUAUAAAAAAUGUGUUUCUUUAAAUGAUUCAUUUAAUAUAAUUUUGUUUAAUUUGCAGGUAUUUAUGCUUUUACGUCCAAUACAUCCAUUACAACUAAAAGUCUGAAACAUAGUUGCUUUAUCUUACGACAGACAAAACAGACAAAUAUCUUGAAAUAAGAAAUAUUUGAAGUGAUAACUAUAAUUGUUUUACCUGGCAUUUUAUAAUGUUUACAGUGAAUGUGAAGAUGUGAUUGUGAAACAAAUAAAUAAAAAUCAAAUCAUAAUAAAUAUGAACAGAAUCAA